UUUGUUUUUUAAAAUCUGGUCAGUUUUUAUUAUCUGGCCUGUACAACGCGGUUCUCGGUAAAUAUUUAAGAUAGACACCAAAUGAAUUCGCGGAAACAUCAUCAAAUUAAGACAUAAUAGAAUUCAACCUCGGUGUCAAAGUUCACGUCCUCAUUGGAACCGAAAAUAUCAUUAAUCCGCGCGCUUUUUCUUGUCCGCCUCAGUCGCGACGACACGGAAUUGAAUGUGUUCUCGCGCUGGAAAACGUGGCGCUUGUUUUGGGCUUGAGUGCGAUAAAGAGGGUGCGACGCGUGCGAGGUCAGAGGUCACGCUGCGCUCGAGCCGCCGAGGCAGCGCGCUGGCUGGUCGCUCCAUGUGGAGGGUACAGCGGGACUCGAACCUAACCCAAACUCGCUGCCAGUUCCUCCGCCUCGAGACUUCACUCGCACCUCGACCGGGAAACCGCUCGCGUUCGACAUGAAGGGCCGGAUUGAGCUGGGCGACGUGACGCCCCACAACAUCAAGCAGCUGAAGCGGCUCAACCAGGUGAUUUUCCCUGUCAGCUACAACGACAAGUUCUACAAGGACGUGCUGGAGGUGGGAGAGCUGGCCAAACUAGCCUACUUCAACGACAUUGCAGUGGGGGCAGUGUGCUGCCGUGUAGAUCACUCUCAGAACCAGAAGCGACUCUACAUCAUGACCCUGGGCUGCCUAGCCCCGUACCGCAGACUGGGCAUAGGGACUAGGAUGCUGAACCACGUGCUAAACAUCUGCGAGAAGGAUGGGACCUUUGACAAUAUCUAUCUCCACGUCCAGAUCAGCAAUGAGUCCGCCAUCGACUUCUACCAGAAGUUUGGCUUUGAGAUCAUCGAGACAAAGAAGAACUACUACAAAAGAAUAGAGCCGGCAGACGCCCAUGUUCUGCAGAAGAACCUGAGUGGGCCGUGUGCACCGCCUGGAGGAGAGCUCCAGAAAACCAAUUAGUGGCUGCACCAUAGCACGGCCCGUCCUCCAGACAGAGCACUGACAGCGCUGCGCCCUGACCAAAACGGAACAGUGACAAGUGCCCUGUGACCCCACAACAAUGGUCCGGAUCAUAGAUUUACCACUUUCCUUCAAAGGACAUUUAAGAGAAAACCAAUACUCAAAAAAAAUGGCUGCGUUCUAUUUUGCGAAAAGGAGUCCUUAUAAUGUUGCAGUUUCGUUUAACCCCCGCCCCCCCCAUUUAGAGAUUUGUAAACAAGUUUGAGAAUCCAGAAGUGCUCCAGUGGGAGGUGUUUAAAGCUGCUGACUCUUCUGACCCGGUGAAGGUUUCUGUUUUUGCAGAUUGUGCCUGUUUUGUGUUUUCAGUUGUUUCAAUCGGUCAUUAAAGUAAGGGGAGACAUUGUCGUUACUAAACUGAAACCGUUGCCAAACGAUGUCGAACAUGUGACCUCAGCGCAACGCUCAAAAGGCAGAGCUCUGCCCCCUCACCAUGGCAACCAAGGGACAAUUGCACUGAUUUCUGUGACUCCAUUCUCAUGAUAUCCAUUGUGCGGGCUUCGUGCUCCGAUGUGACGUCUGCCUGCAGCACGAGCCUUGCUGGCCAGCUGUGGUACAGAUCCAGAGAGCUGUGCGAGGACAGUGCCCCCACUGCGUCGGGAGGUAGAACGGUUCGGGGUUGGAGGGGAGAGGAAAGGCGAUACCGUGGAAACCCAUCCGCGGCCCUUAAAGCUUGACUCCCCACACUUAGUUUCUGAAUGUCUCUAUUUCUUGACUUAUUUAAUUAGCCCAGUUAGUUUUUAAAAUAUUGGGUCAUUUGGGGUUCUCUUUGGUGUGGUUGAAUGUUGGGUUUUGAACGAUCCAUUUAUUGGGAGGGGUGGGAAUGGAACUUAAGUGAAGGGAGAACAAGGAAAUGUUAAAUCAAUUCCUGUAUCGUUAAAAUGAUCGCUUUAGGUUGAGCCUUAACCAACUACUACUGCGACAACACUGAAGGUGAAAGACGGUCAUAUCGAAGAAUUAAAAUGUACAUGCGCCAGUCACUGCUGCCCCAUCAUCAGUUUUACCAUUGGAACUAUUAAUUGAAUCAUCUGAACAGUAGAGUUCUCCAGAA